AUGGUCUCAGCAGCGGUAACAGCAGCAACAGCAGUAGCGGCACAGCUCUGGGAGUAAUACCAGACUACCGUAUUGUGCAGCUCAAAACCGCCUGCGGAACAAAUGAGACAGGACGCUUGUCUUUCUUUUCGUGUGGAUUAAUUCAGGGGCGAGACACCGAGUCGAAGGGAGUGGGUUCUGUAAGCGAAAUUGGACCGACUGACGAGGACUGGGACAUUAGCCACUGUAGGAUAACAGCGCCGAAUGGUUCCUCCUGCCCCGCCGCUAAGGUUUCUGGCUAAGAGAAAGCAGCUGAUAAUGCCCGGCAACUGCUCUGCAACCACACCCACUUCCUGGUUGUAGAGGAAGCGGCUGUGCCAGCAUGUCCUCUCACCCCCAAUCUGUGCCUCCGGGCCGGAGGACUGGACUGGACACACGGCACCUGCCGAACCCCGCCAGUCUACCGCUGCAGCUGCAGCGGGCGCACACGGAAGUGGGAUUGGUGGACUACCACUCUCAUGCCAGGGAUUACAGUUCUCACCUGGCCCAGCCACAUCGCCGCCGACCGUCCUUACUUUCAGAGUUUCAGCCUGGGAAUGAGAGAGGACAAGAGCAGCAUAUUCGCUAUGAACACAUAUACCUGCCAGAGCCUAGUGCCCACUCCGAGGUGGAGUACGCGGAGGUUAAGCGGCCUCGUUUGGAGAUGGGACAGGAGUCCCUGAUUAGGUCCUCGUCCCACCGGCCACCUUUGCCUCUUGGAGGGGCUGAUGAUAUGGCAAAGGAUCGUGGGAGUGCCAUGGGGAAGCUGGAACCCAUCUCCCCCGUGAGCCCCGUCCACAUGGACCCUGAUUUGGAUCUCGUUCCGGCUCGCUUCUCCAAGGAGGAGCUCAUCCAGAACAUGGACCGCGUCGACAGGGAAAUCACGAUGGUGGAGCAGCAGAUCAGCAAGCUGCGCAAGAAACAGCAUCAGCUGGAGGAGGAGGCCGCAAAGCCUCAUGAGCCAGAGCAGCCCAUCUCUCCACCACCCAGCGAGGCCAAACACCGCAGCCUGGUGCAGAUCAUCUACGAUGAGAACAGGAAAAAGGCAGAAGAAGCUCACAGGAUACUGGAGGGACUCGGGCCCCGGGUCGAGCUGCCUCUGUACAAUCAGCCCUCUGACACCAAGCAGUACCAUGAGAACAUCAAAAUAAACCAAGCGAUGAGAAAGAAGCUCAUCUUGUACUUCAAGAGGAGAAAUCAUGCUCGCAAGCAGUGGGAGCAGAAGUUUUGCCAGCGCUAUGACCAGCUGAUGGAAGCCUGGGAGAAGAAGGUCGAGCGCAUUGAAAACAACCCACGACGCAGAGCCAAAGAGAGCAAGGUGCGGGAAUAUUACGAGAAACAGUUCCCCGAGAUCCGCAAGCAGAGAGAGAUGCAGGAGCGCAUGCAGAGCCGCGUCGGGCAGCGAGGGGGAGGGCUGAGCUCGUCUGCCGCUCGCAGUGAACAUGAAGUCUCAGAGAUCAUUGAUGGAAUAUCAGAGCACGAGAACACAGAGAAGCAAAUGCGGCAGCUGGCAGUCAUCCCUCCUAUGCUGUUCGACGCCGAGCAGCAACGCAUCAAGUUCAUCAACAUGAACGGACUAAUGGACGACCCCAUGAAGGUGUACAAGGACCGGCAGGUUAUGAACAUGUGGAGCGAGCAGGAGAAGGACACUUUCAGAGAGAAGUUCAUCCAGCAUCCCAAAAACUUUGGUCUCAUUGCAUCUUUUCUGGAGAGAAAGACUGUGGCUGAGUGUGUGCUGUUUUAUUACCUCACCAAAAAGAAUGAACACUAUAAGAACAUAGUGCGGAGGAACUACAGGCGCCGUGGAAGAAGCCAGCACGGCCAGCAGCAGCAGCAGCAGCAGCAGCAGCAACAGCAGCAACAGCAGCAGCAACAGCAGCAGCAGCAGCAGCAGCAGCAACAAGUGAGCCGCAGCAGCCAGGAAGAGAAGGAGAAGGAGGAGAAAGACAAGGAGGGAGAGAAGGAUGAAGAGAAAAAUGAAGCUGAGGACAAGGAAGAUGGAAUGAAGGACGACACCUCUGGAGAAGAUGCCGAGGACAAAGAGCCCGCUGUGUUCAAGGGUCGACGCACAGCCAACAGCCAGGGCCGCAGGAAGGGCCGCAUCACCCGCUCCAUGACUAGUGAAGUGGAGGAGACCACCACGCCGCCCCUCAACAAUGAGCUCGCCAAUCUGGAGAUGAAUGAGAGCUCUCGCUGGACUGAAGAAGAAAUGGAAACUGCCAAAAAAGGCCUUCUCCAGUAUGGUAGGAAUUGGUCCGCCAUCGCCAAGAUGGUGGGAUCAAAAACCGUGUCACAGUGCAAGAACUUCUACUUCAACUAUAAGAAGAGGCAGAAACUGGACGAGAUUCUGCAGCAGCAUAAAAUGAAAUCGACCCAGGAAAAGGAGAGAAAAGCCCGCCGCCGGGGCAAGGCCCCGCAGAAUGAGGGGGCUAGUGCCCCAUAUGCUGCAGAGGAGGAGGAGAUGGAGGGCUCAGGAGCCAGUGGCAAUGAAGAGGAGGCCCCUGAAGAUGGAGAAGGUGGAGCAAACAACAGCUCUGACACGGAGAGCUUGCCUUCACCGCACUCGUCCGAGGACAGCAAGGUGAAAGAGGAGGGCUCGAGCAAGUCGAAGGCCAGUUCCAAUGGCGGAGACAAGGAGGCUGCCGCCGGGUCAGACGUGGGCCAGGCGGGGGACGCAAAACCUCCAAUCAAAGAAGAUACAGACUCGGCUAUCAAGCAGGAGAUAAAGACUGAGACGGGGGAGCCCAGCAAAGAGCAGUUUCAGCCAGCACCACCUAGUGAUGCCGCAGAUAAAAAGCCUCCUGCUGCAGAAACGGAGGAAGUCAAAAGCUCCACUAAGAGUUCCAGGAAGGAGCAUGGGGCCAAAACAGGCUCCCAUGGUGACAGUGACUCAAGUGCCACUUGCAGUGCUGAUGAAGUCGAGGAAACGGACACCACCGAUAAGAGCAGAAUGACUUCUCCACGGCCAAGCCUGCUGAACUACACUCACGACGGCGUCAUAUCCUCCCCGAUGCAGAAGCCCUUGGACCUGAAGCAGCUCAAACAGAGGGCUGCAGCUAUCCCUCCUAUGAUGCCAGAGGCCUCCAUGCAGGGCAAUCAGCGGAGUGGAGGUGGCAAGGCAGUGCUGCCCCCACACGCCUUGGCAUUGUACCAGCAACAGAUCACCAUGGCUCAUGGGGAAUCCUCCCAGGAGGUCAAACAGCACCAGCAUCAGCAGCAGCAGCAGCAGCAGCAGCAUCUUCAUCAUCAUCAUCAUCAGCAGCAGCAGCAACUUUCAGGCCAGCCAGGCAAACCGCAGCCUUACAAUCCGCAGAUGGAAAGAGACCUGGAAGCUCUUCACAGCAGCAGCCCUCGCGUUCGUCCACGUAGCCCCUCCAGUGACAAGGAUGACCUGGAAGGCAACGAGAUGUGGUUACUGACCCUCCUGCAGGGAUUAAAAAAGUCCAGAGCUUUGUCUCCACAUAGUGAGGCCAAGAAGCAGGCACUGGGCCCGGAUGACCUAAGGACCUCUAACCUGGGGCGCCCCGUUCUCUCACCAUACCCAAUGUCCCCACGAGACAUGGCAAAGAUCAGUCAUGACCAGCACUUGCUCCACUUCAAUUCGUUCCAGCAAGCAGGCCACAGUUCACUGCCUGGUCUGGCACCGGACGGUGGUAGACUCGCUGCGGUGAGACCCCUGACCAUGCCCGAGCCACCACCUCUCAUUUCCUCCACCAAGCCAGGGGGCUCCAUCACGCAGGGCACUCCAGUCCAGUUGCACAGCCCAGCUCAUGGGUUGGACCAUGGGAAGAUGCCCCCCACACAAAUAGGGUUGUCUUGGAUGGAUCAGAGGAAAAUGGCAGGUCCUUACCCUGUGGUGAAACAGGAGCAGUUGUCCCCUCGUAGCUCGUCCUCUCAAGCUGAUAACCUGUCCACCCAGGGAACACCUCACGACAGUGCUCCAGGACGAGCUGUUCAGGGCGGCAGUAUCACUAAGGGCAUCCCAGGGUCCAGAAUGCAUCCCGAUUCCGCGAUCUCCUACCGAGGAGGCUCCAUCACUCAGGGGACGCCGGGCGAUGUGCUUUAUAAGGGUAUAAGCCGCCUGAUCACAGAGGACAGUGUCAACCGAGCCGAGAGGGAGCGAGAUGAGGCAAUGUCUAAAGGCCAUGUGGUCUACGAGGGCAUCAGCGGACACAUUCUCACAUAUGACCGCAGUGCAUCUCAGACUCCUAAAGAUGAAGGCCGGGGCCCUGGGCAGCCCGGGGAAAUCAUGGGCCUGAAACGUCCUUAUGAUGCUAUAGAGGGAGGCAUCUCCAGAGGACUUCCUAUGAGGGAUUCUCUGUCUGCUGCCAACUGUGAAGGUUUAAUUGGUCGAGCCAUGCCUCAUGACAGAGACAGUCCUCACCUCAGUCAGUACAAGGACGCUCACCACAUCCGUGGGUCCAUCUCACAAGGUAUACCUCGCCAUCUGGACCCUCAGGAUGGAUACCUCAGGAGAGAGGUCAAGCAGAUGAAGAGAGAGAACUCCCCACCCCGUGGGCCCAGUUCUCUCUCUGACCCAAUGAAGGGCAGAGAGGCCAUGGUGCCCACUGUGAAGGAACCUGGACGCUCCAUCCACCUCAUUCCCAGGGAGGAGCUCAGGCAGCCUGCUAAAGACGGCAUCAUAACACAGGGAACACCCAUGAAGCAGGAGUCGGCUGGUUCAGGGAAACGUCACGAUGUCCUCUCCAUCAUAGCUAGUUCGCCGCGCUCUUACCAUAACGCGCCCUCCCACCUGGAGAUGCGCGCCGAGCGGGGCCGCUACGAGGAAGCACCGAAGGGGCGACCCAGCGCGGUGGUCAGUACGGCGAGCACCAUAGCUCGCUCCUCUCCCCUUACUCUUGGGUCAGAACAAGGAGGCAAGGCUCAUCAUAGCCCAGUCGGUUACGACGAUAAAAGCAACUUAAGGACGGCUUACCCUGGACCCUCCCAUCGUGGCUCCCCUUUGUCCAGAGAGGCAGGCCAAAGGCAGCAUGAUGCUUCCAGUAAGAAUCCGCCUCAGGAGCGUAAAUCCACACCGACCCCCAGGGAGAUGAGUGCCACCAAAUCGCCGCUCCCCGGUGUUCCCGACCAACAGGCUUACGAGCGUCUGCUGCAGGGUCUUGGAGCCGCAGACGUGUACCGCCAAAUCCCCAUCGCCUUUGAUCCUUCAGCGCUGCCUCGGGGCAUCCCUAUUGACCCAGCGGCCUAUUACUUGCCUCGUCACCUUGCCCCCAACCCGGCUUACCCUCACCCCUACCCCUACCUCAUCCGCGGCUUUCCCGACACCGCCGCCUUGGAGAACCGCCAGACGCUGCUCAAUGACUACAUCACAUCGCAGCAGAUGCACCAGUGGCCCCCAGCCGCUGCCAUGGCUGCCCAGCGCUCAGACCUGCUCAGGGGUCUGUCUCCACGAGAUCAGCCCCUGCAACUGCCCUACUCUGCUGCCCCGCGUGGGAUCAUCGAUCUUUCUCAGGUGCCACACUUGUCACCUGUCCUGGUUCCUUCCUCUGCAGGAGCAGCCGGCUCCCCCAUGGAUCGCAUCAACUUCAUCCCCGGGGGAGCCGCCACGUUCCCUGGCAGGCCUUACACCACCUCCCCAAUUUCACCAGUUGGCUCCUCGCACAAGAUGCAAGGCACGCAGUCGUCCUCGGAGCGCGCAGAGCGAGAGCGGGAACGCGACCGGGAGCGGGACCGCGAGAGAGACAGAGAACGGGAGAGAGAGAGGGAGCGUGAGCGGGACCGGGAGCGAGAUCGCGAGCGAGAACGCGAGAGGGACCGGGAGAGGGAAAGAGACCGGGACCGAGAACGAGAGCGGGACCGGGAGCGCGACAGGGAAAAGGGCGGAUCUCUUGGAAAUGUGGAGCACGCCCCCAUCUGGCGACCAGGUACAGAGCAUAGCUUGACCGGCGGUAGCAGCAGCACUGUGAGACCUCCUUCCCAACCUUAUAGCCACCAGCACUCUCCAGUGUCUCCUCGUACCCAGGAAAAUGUGCAGCAGAGACCGAGUGUCCUGCACAACACCGGAGGCAAAAGUCUCUCUGUCAGCGAACACUCCGGCUCGUCUGUUUUACGGUCCAUGCCCUCGGGGCCUACACGCUACCAGAGUUAUCCAGGCCACCUCCAAAGGACAGGUGUUCCCCCUGAGACCUACCCACCUGUCAUGGACUCAAGUGUUGCCAAAGAGCAGAGCCGAGAUGGAGGCAAAAUCCGCGGUCUAAACAAGCAUGUGCAAGACCAGCAUGGAUCUGCCAUUAGAUCAGACCCAAAGCUGUCCAGCCCCAGUCCGGGAUUAUACCCAGGUUCCUAUGCCUCGGCUUCAAGCCGGCCCCAGCACCUGCUGCCUCCCCAGUCGGAUAACCCACCUGGCCGCGGAGAAAGUGGCACACCUAGUAGGGAAAAGACUCAAAACAAACCGAUGUCCAUUCAGGAACAAGAGCUCCGAGCACUCGGUAAGACCACCAUGACUGCGGCCAACUUCAUAAACGCGAUUAUAAUGCGUCAAAUUUCUUGUGAAACGGGGAUGCCAGAGACGGGCUCGGUUGUUGCCAGCAGCGCCACUGAUGCUCAACAGAAGAUGGACCCUCACGGCCUGUACCGUCCUCCGUCUGAGGAGAGGCUGUCCCCGGGCCAGCAGCCCUCCUGCGCCAAAGGGAGUCAGAGGGUGGUGACCCUGGCACAGCACAUCAGUGAGGUGAUAACUAAAGACUACACCAGGCAGAGCCAGCAGCAGCAGAGCUACCAUGGCUCCCCUGUCCUGGACUUGACCCGUCCACCCAGUGCCUCUCAGCCCCCGCCCACGUCACAGGAGAUGGCCCAAGGACAGCGCUAUCCCGACGGCCUUGGCGGAGAACGCAGCCGAGACCAGUCGCCUCCUCAGCCCAAGACAUCGCCUGUUAGUGUGUCCAACGACGGCAUUGAACCAGUGUCUCCUGCUGGAGCCGGCUCUGAACCCGACAUCCAGGGAGGGGCCUCUUACCCAGUCGAGCAGGGAGAGCAAGGAGUGGGCUCCCGUUCCCCUCCCAACGCCUCCCAGCCUCCAGCGUUCUUCAGUAAGCUGACGGAGAGCACCUCGGCCAUCGUGAAGUCCAAGAAGCAGGAGAUGAUCAAGAAGAUGACGGUGGUCGGCAACGACAGUGACUUCAACACUGGUCAGCCCGGAACAGAGAUCUUCAACAUGCCGGCGUCCACAACUGCAGGACCCGUGAGCGUCCGCAGCCACCCUGCUCCCGAGACCCCGGGUAACUCCAUCGGCCUGGAGGCCAUCAUCAGAAAGGCCUUGAUGGGCAAAUAUGAUGAGUCUGACGAUCGGACCAGUGCAGCUAACAUGAUGGGCUCCGGUAUGUCUGCUGAGGACUGUUACUCACAAGGAGGAGCAAAGUCCUCAAAAGGCAGCGGGCGCUCCAACGGCCGCAAAGCCAAAUCCCCAGGACCAGGUCUGUCAGGGGGGGAGAGGCCGUCCUCUGUGUCCUCUGUCCACUCUGAGGGAGACUGCAACCGGAGAACUCCCCUCACCAACCGCGUGUGGGAGGACCGGCCUUCAUCCACAGGUUCAGCUCCGACUCCCUUCCCGUGCAACCCGCUGAUAAUGCGUUUCCCCAGCGGCACGGUCUCCGCUCCCUCUCCCUCCUCCGGCCAGCAGGGGAGCCAGGGACAAGGCUUAGGACCAGGACAGGGCCGCUCCUGGGAGGAGGAACCCAAGCCUCUGCUCAUGUCUCAGUACGAAACCCUGUCUGACAGCGAGUGACCCCAAAAAAAAACGCUGCUGCACGACGACGACGACAAUGACAGAACCGGUCAACGCAGACACACACACACGUUCGAUAAACCUACGUUCACCAUUCCACGCUUCAUUUCCUCCACUUUUUCAGUCCACUUUUUCACACACGAGGCAGCGAACGAGCUGGGACACUUGUGUAACCGCGUGUGUGUUUGUGCUUCGGUGUGUCACUCCAGGAUGACUCUAAAGGACAACUCACCUUUCUGUGUCUCUCUUCCUUUUUGUUGUUUUUUUAACUCACUGGCCUUAACAGUAGAGACACAUCCACCUGCAUCUUCUGGGUGCACCGUGCCGAUGUGCGGACACUUGUUUGUGUGGAAGCGGAUGCUGCGCUUGUGAGCCGGAGACGACAUUCAUCACAGCGAGGACCCUCUCACGUUUCUUCGCGGUGAACUUAGCUACCACUAAGAAAACCCGCGUGUUUUUUCCUCCCUUGUUUUCUUUCUUUGACCUGGUUUAAAAUUCAGUCCAGUCCUGUGUUUGGAACGUGAGCUGAGACCUUGAGUACAUUUUAAUGGUGUCAUUUGCUGUCUGUUAUCUGCAAUGAUGUAUCUUUUUUGCUUGGGGACGGGUGGGGGCGGGUGGGGGUGGGGCAACGAUUGUUAAGCGGGAGGGUGAACGCGCCCUGAUGUCGUCACAGGCUUGGAGAGAGCAGCCGAGGCCCGGCGACUCCACAGCGAGGACUUGCCGGGAGGGGACGGCACUGAGACAAGUGACACUUUCUCACUGUUUUUAUAUUAAUCAUGUCUGUGUUUGUUGAAAGCGUUUUUUUUCCGAAUAUUAAGCACUUAGUCGUCAGUCUGUUCACAAUGGCAUCUGUGUUUUUUCCCUGGAGCAGGUGGAAAAAAGAAGAAGAAUGAAAAAAAAAAAGGACUUAAGAACGGCGUAGAAUUCCCACCGCGGAGGCAUCUUUGAGCACCUGCCGGUUUAUUUUGGUCUUGGCAGCGACGUUUCCCAGCGCUCUUGCACUCGAAGCGACAAUCUCAUCUUAGCGAACGACGGAUCGGCCGCUCGGAGCAGGCGCAGACCGACCUUAAAGCUGCUCGGAGGCCGGACUCCUCUGCGUCGUGCGGGGGUUAAAUAAAAAAAAAGCCAUCUUUCUAUGAGCCCUCGGUCCACGGCGACGUCUAGGAGCUGGUGUCACGGUCCGACCUCUGACCUUCAACUGCCUAGUGGUGGACCUGAGCCUCGACUCCUCAUCCAGGCAGAUUUUGUACAGUUAUGAGAUAUUUCCUAGUGUUAAGUGCCAUUUAUUUUACAUAUACAGUACUGAAGUUACCAACCGGCGCACAAGUUUUCCCCCCAUACCCCCACACCAGGGUUAAUACUGCUCAUGCAGGGAAUUUUGAAAACAAACAGAAACAACAAUUGAAUCGUCCUUUUUCUUUUUGUGCUGCAUUUUCUUUUCUUUUCUUUUCUUCCAAAUCCAUGAAAGCCUUCGCUUUGAACAGUUGAGCUCCAUCACCCUUUUUUUGUAUUUUAAAGGCGGGAUUAUUUGUGACUCUGUGCAGCCGGGAGCGGUUUUCUGCCUCCUGACUGCACGCGGGAGCAAAGGCCGUUUGAGCGUAUGUAGUCGUGUUAAGACGGACUCACGUCUUUCCUCUAUAGUCUUUUUUUUUUUUUUUGUUACAGUGGAUUGUCACAACACACACAUGAUGACUGUUAAAUGACUACCUCCUCUUCCUCCUUCAUCCUACAUAAACCUGCAGAAAUCAGCCAGAUCACAUCGAUUUUUUUUCUAGUAAAAAAUUGCAGCCAGGCUUUAUUAUUAUUAUUAUUAUUUUUAUUAUUAUUCUUUUUUACAUUUGUCUCUGCAUGUUAGUAAUGAUCCACUGAUGAAAAUUGACGAUUGUGACGAUGAACAGACUAAGCCAUAUCCAGCUGUGUCCCCUGAAGUGAUGACAGACCAAUAGGUGUUUUUAAAAAAAAAAAAAGAAA